AUGCCGGUGGUAUGGAGGCCGGGGCUCGGGCAGGCACCGCGGCAUGGUGUGGCCGGCGGGGGCUCUGGGGACCGCACGGUGGGGGACUGGGGUGGCGUCCGGUCAUGGGUUUCGGCGACGCCAAGCUGUAGAUUUGAGCCGCUGUCUUCAACUGCAGGUGCAGGUCCCCCGCUCGCUGACGACAAGCCUAACAAAAGCUUUAUUUUCUUUUCUGCUAACACUCCUGAUACUGUGAGGCACUCUAUGAAGGCAGUUCUGAGUAUUCAAGUUGAAGCCUUUAGUGAAAAAUAUUUGGGUCUUCCCACGGCAGUUGGGCGAAUCACGAGCGGUACUUUUGAUCAUUUAAGUGAAAGAGCUCGUGGAAGAAUUCAGGGUUGGUCAGAGAAGCUGUUAGCAUGUGCAGGGCGUGAGAUCUUGCUAAAGACAGUGGUACAAGCUAUACCUACCUAUCCGAUGAGUACCUUUCUGCUGACUAAGAAGGUUUGUAAGAGUAUAACUUCUCCUAUGGCAAAAUAUUUUUGGAGUAGUUCUCUUGACAAAAAGUCUAUGCAUUGGGUGUCUUGGAAGGAUUUGGCUACACCCAAGUGUAAUGGGGGAAUGGGUUUCAGGGAUCUACAGCAGUUCAACCUGGCUAUGCUGGGUAAACAAGGUUGGUGUUUUUUGACCAAUCCAAACUCGCUUUGUGCAAGGGUACUCAAGGCCCUAUGGAAACUUAAUGUUAUUCCAAAAGUACGAGUAUUCUGGUGGAGAGUACUUCGUGGCAUCCUUCUAGAUGAAUACACCCUCAAAAACCGUCAUAUUGCAGACGCUAGUAGCUGCAAAGUUUGUUUGGCCGGGGAGGAAGACAUGUACCAUGCUCUUAUAUCCUGCUCACAUGCUACACCCUUUUGGGAGGAGGCAUGGGCAUGGUUUGAGCUCCAGCUGCCAAUUCUCUCGCGGGAGACAUGGGCGCGGGAUAUUACACGUAGCUCACUGUUUUCGGAUGAUGAUCGUGCAAAUAUUACAACCAUUAUGGCUGGUGGGGUUGCCCGCUCGCCCACCAUGUUCUUAGGCGCCUGGUGUAAACCUUUCAUUGGGGUGUCUGACCCACUGAUCAUCGAGGCGUUUUCACUGCGGGAAGGAGUACGUUUUGCUACUCUACGUGGCUUCCAGCAUGUAAUAAUGGAGGUUGACUGUCUGGAGCUGGUGAAGCUCUGGGAAGCUCGCCACAAUUCUCGUGGUGGCUCCGGUACCUCUGCUCGCCGUUCCAAUCCAAGUCGUGACACGGGGUCCAAACAUCUGCGCAAUCAAGAUGAAGCUCCAGAGGGCUCCCGUGGCCCCCAACGCAGGACCAAAUCCUCCGCCUCCAAGGACAAGGAACCCACCAUGGGUAUGGAUGAGAUACCACUCCCUGAGUUCAUCUCUCGCAGGAGGAUCAACCCCUAUGUGCAACCUCGUGCCAACUUCCAAGGGAAUGAUUUGUUCUGGACCAAGCAACAGAAUCUGAUUUAUCUGGAUGUGAUCAAGGCCAAGCGGAACAUCUAUGUGGACGUGCACUGGAUAGACAUGCAUCAUAUGAGGGAAGCAAAGCACCGGGACUACUUUGGUGAGGCUCUAGAUCUUGUGGAGCAAUUUGGCAUUGAGGACAUCAUCUCUUUUCACAAAGACUAUGAUCCUGAGAUUGUGGCUUAG